AUGUCGAUGACUGACCGAGUUCUCCGACACAACAAAAGAUUACUACAAGAGUCAAGAUAUUCUCCAUACACUUUAGGGACAAAAGAGAAGCAGAAACAUAAACAGAAAGAGGAGGCUGUACAACUAGGAGUUGAGCUCUCUCUCUUUGUCGCUGAAGCAAUGUUCUUAUUAUCAGAUGCAUACUAUGUGUUUGAAACAUAUAUCAAACCCAAGAAUGGAGUCUAUAAGGAUGGUGGCAAGUCGAGCCAAUGGGAACAGUUCAAAACGUUUUCCUAUCAAUUUUCUUUUGGAGUCAGAGUUUUGGCUCGCAUUGUUUCAAUUCUUGAAAUCGGUGGCUUAGUGAAACCGUCUGGUUUUAAACACUACAACCAAGAGCUUAAGAAGCUAGAGGAGCAUUUGAGAUCUGUCAAGGAUGUAUCGGAGGCGAAUGGGUUUGCGAGAGAAGCUAUAGAGUCUAGCAUUUUUCACUUGUGGAAGUCUCUGUUUGAAGCAACACCAGAAAUGAUACACCCUAGUAAGACUAAAGUUCUUGAGCUGUUUUAGGCCUCUUUUGAACGAAGCAAGUCUCGAAACUUGCUCUCGACAUCUUACUUCUUUAGGCAUAUGAAUCCGCUUUAACAUUUGCUCGACGAGAAAUCAAACAUU